CUUCGCUCCGUUCCAUCUCGCGGCACCUGUAGCUGUAGGCUGUAGCCCACUGCUAAACCACGCCGCCCCGCCAUUACAGCCGCGCCGAUGCUCCCAUCGCCGCCGAAGAUCUCGCCGGCGCGGCUGCACAAGCUGGUGACCUCGCAGCAGGAUCCGCUCCUCGCGCUGGAGCUCGUCACCGUCACCUCCCCGACUACCACGCCGCACCCUGCCACGCUCCACUCUCUCCUGCUCCGCCUCGCCCGCCGCCGCGACCACCUACCCCACGCUCUCGCGCUCCUCCGCCGCCUCCCGUCCCCGCCGUCCCCGCGCCUCCUGCUCCCGCUUCUCCUCGCGGUGCUCCGCCUCCGCCGGCCACCUCAGCUCUUCCUCUCCACCUUCAACUCCCUCUUCGUCGCGGGGCCCAGCCCUUUGCCGCUCCACCCCCAGCUCCUCCUCCGCCUCCUCGGCGCCCUAUCCUCCACCCCGUCCCACUUCCCCUCCGCGCUUCACCUCCUUCGCCUCGUCUCCUCGCGGCUACCUCUCCCCGCUCCGCUAGUCCUCGCCUCCCACAACCUGCUAAUCGACGCCGCGGCUCGAUCCGGCCACGUCGCCGUGUCACUCUCACUCUUCCACCGCCUCCGCUCACUCCAUGUAUCCCCCGACGCCGACACCUACCGUAUCCUUACCCAGUCACUCUGCCGCAAGGCCCAGGUCCGCACAGCGGCUACACUGCUCGACGAAAUGCUGCACAGGGGCAUCCCUGCCGAUCCGCUGGCAUACACCACCGUGCUGAACGCUCUCUGCCGCAAGAAGCAGCUCCGAGAGGCAUACCGCCUGCUCUGUCUCAUGCGAGGCCGUGGAGUCUCCCCUGACAUUGUGCAUUACAACACGGUCAUUGUCGGUAUGUGCCGCGAGGGGCGGCCACUGGAUGCCUGCAAGGUUGUUGGUGAUAUGAUGGAGAGUGGAUGUACACCGAAUGCAGUGACAUAUGCCACAGUGGUCAAUGGGCUGUGCGUAAGCGGAUUAUAUGACAAGGCGGAGACUUACCUGGUGGACAUGGUUGGUAAAGGGCUUGUGCCACAUUUCUCAGUGUUUCAUUCAGUUAUCAAGGGUUGCUGUACAGUUGGGAAAGUUGAAGAGGCUGCACAAAUUAUGAGUUGGAUGCUUGAUCUUGGAGUGGUUCCACAUGUUGAGAGCUGGAGUUCAGUGAUCAGGUGUGUUUGUAAGGAUGAGGAUUGUAUUGAGGCAGAAUUGUUGCAGAUGGUGGGAAGGUAGUGUGGUUCAAACAUGAUCUCUAGCAGUACCUUAAGUGAUCUCACUUGACAUAUGCAACACAGACCAUGGGCUUUAAUUUCUGUUGGAUAUAAAGGAACAGCUCUGGAAGAAAAUUGCAGGAGAUAUGGCAAAAACUAGAGAGCAUGGCCAUUUUUCUUGCUAAAGUGCCUCUAGUGGAGUAUUAGGAGCAUUAUCUGGUGUCUUGCUGGUUAGCUUGAAUAAGAUAUGAAUCCUCACUGGCUUCUGGGAAGUGGAUUUGGCAUUAGGAACUCAGAGAGGGAUCAGCAUUCAUGGAGAUAGCACAGCGACAAUACAUCGCUUGUACAUCGCUUGAGCUUAUCAGCCGAAUUUGCCAGCCAUUCAGCAGUAUCUCGCACAACAAAUUAGCGAACAGUAUUUUCAGCAAUGACUUUUCAAACAAGCGAACAUGCCUUUCUGAAGUGAACAACAAAUCAAUAGUUGAUUUUUCUGAAGUGAAGCCUUUUAUAUUAUUAUGUGAAAGAAACUUGUACAAUACAUGAUUUCCAUGAGACACAAAACCUGUACUAUCAGCCGGAAAUAUCUAUCAACAUAACUGAAUUAUAAUUGCAUUAUUUUUUUGGGA